AUGGGGGGCCGCUCAGCUAGCAAGACUGCUUACUUCGAGAAGCUCAAGACCCUUCUUGAUGACCACAAGUCGAUCUUCAUUGUCACCGUUGACAAUGUCAGCUCUCAGCAGAUGCACGAAAUCCGCUUGAGCCUUCGCGGCGAGGCCGUUGUGCUCAUGGGGAAGAACACUAUGGUUCGCCGUGCGCUCAAGGGUUUCAUUGCCGAUAACCCAGAAUAUGAGCGGUUGUUGCCUCACGUCAAGGGAAAUGUCGGUUUCAUCUUCACCAAUUCCGACCUGAAGGAGAUCCGUACCAAGAUUCUGGCCAACAGAAUUGCUGCUCCCGCUCGUGCUGGUGCCGUUGCUCCUGAUGAUGUCUGGGUCCCCGCCGGCAACACCGGUAUGGAACCCGGUAAGACAUCUUUCUUCCAGGCUUUGGGUGUUCCCACCAAGAUUGCUCGUGGUACCAUUGAAAUUACGAACGAUCUCAAGCUCGUCGAAGCCGGCUCCAAAGUCGGUGCUUCCGAAGCCACCCUUCUCAACUUGCUGAACAUCUCUCCGUUCACGUACGGUAUGACUGUUGCUCAGAUCUACGACGAUGGACAAACCUUCAGCCCCGCAGUUUUGGACAUUGAGGAAGAGCAGCUCCUUGCCACUAUCCAAUCUGCCAUUAGAACCAUUACCACUAUCUCCUUGGCCACCAACUUCCCCACAUUGCCCUCCGUCAUGCACUCACUUGUGAACGGCUACAAGAAGGCUUUGGCUAUCGCUGUGGAAACUGAUUACAGCUGGAGCGAAAUUGAAGAACUCAAGGAUCGCAUUGCUAACCCCGAUGCCUAUGCCACUACUGUUUCCGCUCCCACAGAGACCAAAAAAGAGGACAAGCCUGCUGAUAAGGAAGAAGAGGAGGAAGAAGAGAGUGAUGAGGAUGGAGGAUUCGGUGGUCUUUUCGACUAA